CCGUACCUGGGUGCGCGUCAGUAGCCGCGGGUGCCGAUGGCUGGGGCGGCGGGGCCGGCGGGGCUGCGCGCUGAGCGGUGAAAUGUCCCAACGUUCCCAGCUGAGGAAGCAGAGGGAGAUGGACGCUGAGCCCUGACUGCCGAGCUCGGGCAGCACAAAGGGUGGGAAGCCCAGGAGAGAGGAGCCCUCGCAGCCUCCAUCCCUCCCCAGCAGCCCAGACAAUGGCCCCAGGAACUCCAAGGGAGGCAGGAGUGUGGAGGCAAACCCGAGCUCUGCUCUUCAAGAAUUGUCUGAUCAAGUGCAGGACCAAGAAGAGCAGUGUGCAGGAGGUGCUUUUCCCUCUGUUUUUCCUCUUCUGGCUGAUCCUGAUGAGCAUGAUGCACCCUCACAGGAAAUAUGACGAGGUGCCCAACACAGACCUGGGCCCCCUGGACCCCUCGGUGCUGGUGAAUUUUGUCAUUGGCUACACCCCCCCCACGGCCCAGGCUCGGGACAUCAUGAGGAAAGUGGCUUCUGACAACUUUGAGGAUGGCCUCAUCACUGAGGAGUAUUUGAGUGAGGAGGAGCUGGAGGAGGCGAGUUUCCUCAAGCCCUCCAACUUUGUGGGGGUGGUGUUCAAGGACCCCAUGUCCUACCAGCUGAGGUUCCACGACUCCAUCGCCAUGUCCUCCAUCUACACCGAGUCCAGAGCCACGUGCUCCAACCUGCGCAAGAGCUGCGAGUCCGUGACCUACUGGAGCUCGGGGUUCACAGCCCUGCAGGCCUGCAUUGAUGCUGCCAUCAUCCAGCUGAAAACAAACCAUUCUGUCUGGGAACAGCUGGAUCUGACCAGAGCCAUGGUUAUGGGAGAGGCUGCAGUGGUGGAAAUUGAUAAUUUCCCUCGUGCAAUCAUUUUAAUUUACCUGGUGAUUGCAUUCUCCCCCUUUGGGUAUUAUUUGGCAAUUCACAUCGUGGCAGAAAAGGAGAGGAAGCUGAAGGAGUUCUUGAAAAUUUUGGGACUCCAUGACACUGCCUUCUGGCUGUCCUGGGUGCUGCUCUACGUGAGCCUGAUUUUUGUCAUGUCCAUCCUGAUGGCAGUGAUUGCCACAGCCUCGUCCCUGUUCCCCCAGAGCAGUGCCUUUGUCAUAUUCCUGCUUUUCUUCCUCUAUGGAGUCUCCUCUGUUUUCUUUGCCCUGAUGCUGACCCCUCUGUUUAAGAAGUCCAAGCACGUGGGGAUUGUGGAGUUCCUGGCCACUCUGGUUUUUGGCUUUGUGGGCCUCAACAUCGUCCUGCUGGAGGAUUUCCCCAAAUCCUUCGUGUGGAUCCUCAGCCCUUUGUGUCAGUGCAGCUUCUUGAUUGGUGUUGCACAGGUGAUGCACCUGGAGGAUUAUGAGGAUGGGGCAACAUUUGCAAACAUCAACGCUGGUCCUUACCCUCUGUGUAUCUCUCUGAUUCUCUUGGUGCUGGACAGCAUCUUUUACCUGCUGGUGGCUGUCUACCUUGACCAGGUGAUCCCAGGUGAGUUUGGCCUGCGCCGCACGCCCUUUUUCUUCAUGAAACCCUCCUUUUGGUCAAAGCGCAGGAAAAACUACAAGGAGCUGUACGAGAGCAGCAUCAACGGCAGCUUGAGCUUCAGUGAGAUUGUGGAGCCUGUGCCUUCAGAAUUCCAGGGCAAGGAAGCCAUCAGAAUCAGCUGUGUUCAGAAAACGUUCAGGAAGAAGGGGGAGACUGUGGAGGCUCUCAGAAAUUUGUCCUUUGACAUCUACGAGGGGCAGAUCACGGCGCUGCUGGGCCACAGCGGCACCGGGAAGACGACGCUGAUGAACAUCCUGUGUGGGCUGUGCCCUCCCUCUGAUGGGUUUGUGUCAGUCUAUGGGCACAGGGUGUCUGAGAUUGAUGAGAUGCUGGAGGUGCGGCAGAUCGCGGGCGUGUGCCCCCAGGCCGACAUCCACUUUGACAUCUUGACUGUGGAGGAGAACCUCUCCAUCUUUGCUGCCAUCAAGGGCAUCCCUCAGAACGAUUUGAUACAAGAGGUGCAGAAGGUGUUGCUGGAUUUGGAGAUGCAGCCCAUCAGGGACAAUCAAGCCAAAAAAUUAAGUGGGGGGCAGAAGAGGAGGCUGUCAGUGGGAGUUGCUGUUCUUGGGAACCCCAAGGUUUUGCUGCUGGAUGAGCCCACGGCAGGGAUGGAUCCCUGCUCCCGCCACAUCGUCUGGAACCUGCUGAGGAGCAGGAAAGCCAACCGGGUGACAGUGUUCAGCACCCACUUCAUGGACGAGGCUGACAUCCUGGCUGAUCGUAAAGCUGUGAUUUCCCAAGGGAUGCUGAAAUGCCUCGGCUCUUCCCUCUUCCUCAAGAGCAAGUGGGGUAUUGGCUACCGCCUGAGCAUGCACAUUGAUGCCUACUGCAACACAGAGGCCACCACGUCUCUGAUCAGGCAGCACAUCCCUGCAGCCAGCCUGAUCCAGCAGAACGAUGAGCAGCUCGUGUACACCCUGCCUCUCAAGGACAUGGACAAGUUUGCAGGUUUGUUCUCUGACCUGGACACCCAUUCCCACCUGGGCGUCAUCACCUAUGGCGUGUCCAUGACCACGCUGGAGGACGUUUACCUGAAGCUGGAGGUGGAGGCCGAGAUUGACCAAGCAGAUUACAGCGUGUUCCACUCGCAGCAAGCCCAGGAGGAGGUGGACACCAAGUCCCUGGAUGACAUGGAGCAGAGCCUGCUGAUGCUCUCCGAGGCCAAGGCACCAGCCAUGAGCAACUCAGCCCUGUGGAAGAAGCAGGUCUCCACCAUAGCCAAAGUGCACUUCCUCAGCCUGAAACGGGAGAACAAAUGUGUCAGAGUUAUGUUGUUGCUUUUCCUCAUUUUCCUUGUAGUUCAGAUUUUGUUGUUUUUCAUACACCACAUCAUCAAAAAUGCUGUAGCUGCUAUCAAACUCUCCCCAGAUUUGUACUUGCUGAAGCCUGGAGAGAGCAGUCACAAGUACAGGAGUCGGCUCCUGCUGCAGAACUCCACAGAGUCGGAUAUCAGUGACAUUGUGCACUCCCUGGGGAGCAUGAACAUCCUCUGGGAGAUGCUCAAUGACAGUGAUUAUGUCUCAGUGGCACCUCACAGUGCAGCUCUGAACGUGUUUGCCCUCCAGUCCAGGCAGAAUUACGUUUUCAACAUCAUAUUCAACAGCACCAUGGUGCAUUCCCUGCCAGUUCUGAUGAACAUUGUCAGCAACCUCCUCCUGCGCAGCCUGAACGUGACUGAGAGCAUCCAGAUCUGGAGCAACCCCUUCAUUCAGGACCUUCCAGACACAAUUUUCAGGCUGGAGAUCUAUUUUGAAGCCGUGUUGCUGGGGAUCAUCAUCACUGGGAUGCCACCCUACUUCGCCAUGGACAAUGCAGAAAACCACAAGAUCAAGGCUUACACCCAGCUGAAGAUUGCAGGGCUCUAUCCCUCAGCUUACUGGACUGGCCAGGCUGUGGUGGACCUGCCUCUGUUCUUCCUCAUCCUCAUCCUCAUGAUUGGCAGCCUCUUUGCCUUCCACUAUGGUGUUUAUUUCUACGUGGGCAAGUUCCUGGCUGUGAUUUUUUGCCUGAUUGGCUACGUCCCCUCUGUCGUGCUCUUCACCUACGUGGUCUCCUUCACCUUCAGAAAAGUCCAGAACACGAAGGAAUUUUGGUCAUUUAUAUUUUCAGUGACAGCCCUGCUCUGCACAGUUGUCACUGAGGUGUCCUUUUUCCUGGACCAUUACCUGGUGACCACCAUCCUGCACUAUGUCUUCUCCAUCUUCAUCCCUAUUUAUCCCCUCAUUGGCUGCCUGAUUUGUUUUAUAAAGGUCUCGUGGAAAGGCAAGAGUGAGAGCGGGGGAUUCCACGACCCCUGGGACCGGCUGCUGGUGGCAGUUCUGGCUCCCUACCUGCAGUGUGUGCUGUGGCUGUUCCUGCUGCGCUGCUUCGAGCUGAAGAACGGCGGGAGGACGGUCAGAGAAGAUCCCUUCUUCAGGAAAUGUUUCACCAAAGCCAGGCCCUGGAAGUUCCCAGACGUGCCUCACGAGGAGAACGAGGAUGAGGAUGUGAAGGCAGAGAGGCUGAGAGUCAAGGAGAUCCUGAGCAGCCCCAGGAGUGAGGAGAUGCCAGCAAUCCUGGUCAGCAGCCUGCACAAAGAGUUUGAUGAGAGGAAGGAAUUUCUUCUGGGGAGAAAAAUAAAGAAAGUGGCAACCAAACAUGUUUCCCUCUGUGUGAAGAAAGGAGAAAUCCUGGGUUUGUUGGGACCCAAUGGAGCUGGGAAAAGCACGUUAAUUAAUAUGCUUGUUGGAGAGAUUGAGCCAACCAGUGGGCAGGUGCUGAUGGGAGAUGAUUCCUUGGGGCUGAGCAGUGAGGAUGACUCUGUGAAAUUCGUGGGGUACUGUCCCCAAACAAAUCCUCUGUGGCCAGAUAUCACACUGCAGGAGCACUUUGAGAUUUAUGGUGCCAUCAAAGGCAUGAGCCAGGCUGAUGUUAAAGAGGUCGUCAAACGCAUCGCCAGCGUGCUGGAUCUGAAGGACCACCUGCAGAAGACCACAAAGAAGUUGGGCAUGGGGCUGAAACGCAAGCUCUGCUUUGCCCUCAGCAUGCUGGGCAACCCGCGGGUGACGCUGCUGGACGAGCCCUCCACGGGGAUGGACCCCAAGGCCAAGCAGCACAUGUGGAGGGCAAUCCGAGCAGCCUUUAAGAACAAGGAGAGAGCAGCAAUCCUGACCACACACUACAUGGAGGAGGCAGAUGCUGUCUGUGACCGUGUGGCCAUCCUGGUGUCAGGGCAGCUCAGGUGUAUAGGUACUGUCCAACACCUGAAGAGCAAAUUUGGCAGAGGAUACUUCUUGGAAAUGAAGUUGAGGGAAACAGCAGAUGUGCAGCAGGUGGAGUAUCUGCAGAGCCAGAUUCUGCACAUCUUCCCCAACGCCAACCGCCAGGAGAGUUUUGCUUCCAUCUUGGCGUAUAAAAUUCCCAAAGAAGAUGUACAGUCACUUUCACAUUGUUUUUCCAAGCUGGAGGAAGUAAAACACGCCUUCAACAUCGAGGACUACAGCUUUUCCCAAGCAACACUGGAACAGGUGUUUGUGGAGCUGGCUAAGGAGCAGGAGGAGGAGGACAGCAGCUUUGGCACCCUGAACAGCAGCCUGUGGUGGGAGAGGACACAGGAGGACAGAGUCAUCUUCUGAGCUCCUCGUGCUCCUGUGGGUGCCAGCACCAGCCCUCCCUCUGCUCCUGGAGCUGGGCUGGGCAGGGACAGCUGGCUUGGGGAGCUCUGAGCCUGUGCCACCGUCCUGGCCUUGGAGUAGGAGCUGUGACCCCAAAUCCUCCUCCCCUCGCUGCUCCCGGGGCUCUGCUGGGCAGGAGGGCACAGCCACAGCAUCUCCUGGAGCAGCAGCUCCCAGCUGCCUUCCCCUGGCUCUGCUGGGCAGGAGGGCACAGCCACAGCAUCUCCUGGAGCAGCAGCUCCCAGCUGCCUUCCCCUGGCUCUGCUGGGCAGGAGGGCACUGCCACAGCAUCUCCUGGAGCAGCAGCUCCCAGCUGCCUUCCCCUGGCUCUGCUGGGCAGGAGGGCACAGCCACAGCAUCUCCUGCAGCUGGUGGCUGUCAGGAGCUCCCAGCUGCCUUCCCCUGGCUCUGCUGGCAGCAGGUUGGGCUGUCCUUCACUCUCUGCCCCAGGGAUUUGCAAGGUCUGGCCGUGCCCGUCCUGGGCUCUCUGCCCAUCCUGCGCACCCAUCCCUGCUCCUCACCAGCCCAGCCACCCCUGCUUCUGCUUUGAAGAUGCUCCUGCUUAGAAGAGAGGGUGGAAAAACCUCUGCAGAGUCCCUGUCCCUCUGCAAGGAGGGUCCUGGCCUGCAGGGCCAGCUCAGCUUGAGGAUGUUCACCUGCAGAGCAAACCUGGCACCUGCAGAGCAAACCUGGCACCUUCCCCCGCAGGCUGGCAGCUGUGGGUGCCCCUGGGGUUUGUCCUGAGGGGCACAAAGGGUGGGCAGAGUGGUGUGGUUGUGCCCUGUGUCCGUUCAGAGCAGUCUGAUUGUCCCCCCCCUGGCUGUGUGUCCUGCCAGCUGCUGUCACACACAGGGCUUUGGAGAUGGUUCAUUUUCCUUGCCAGCCGUGCAUUCGUGAGCUCCAGUGUUCCCCAGUCUCUCGUUGUUGUGGUUGCAGUCACGCAGGGCCCAUUCUGUCACCCAUUUUGUCACCCCCUUUGUAAAACCCCAAACAAAAGGGUCCCAGCUCACGGCCUCACCCAUAAGAAAGGUGCCUUUGGUUUGCCUUGAAGCACUAAAAAGAGUAGAAUAUGUGGUCCUUUAGCCUGAGAUAUGACAGGUGUGUGUUGAAAAUAUAUUAUUUUUUUGGUUUUUUUCUACGCAAAGCUAUCAUCACUUUUUUUUUUUUUUUAGUUUUAUAAGGGGAAAUUAAAGAUUGCUCCCAGUUCAUUUUGCUCUGCAAUGAACAGAGAUGUGUUUCUAUUGAGACAUUGGCUUCAUAAGUCAUAUCAUUUAUGUAUCUUCCCUUUAAAGUUAGAAAAAACCUUGUUUUUCUUGAGAAAACUAAAAAAAAAAAAAAAAAAAAGGGUAAAUUUAGAGUUGUGUGUCCCAGCUGUGUGUAAUUAUCAGGCAAUAAUGUGUGUGAUGUGUCUGAUAAUGGUUUAUCAGUGUGUUCAGCCAAAAUCUGUUUCCAUCAGCUUCUUAUCUAGGGAAAUGUGAACUCCUUAUGCAGAAUUUCACUUCCUCUUUUGUACCCAUAGGUUGCACAGAAAUGCACAACUUUGGGUUUUUCCAGUUAAAAUUUGAGCCCAAGCCCUACAGAAAGCCCUGGACAUCCCAGGGAAGCACAGCCCUGGAAAUUAGGAAUUAAAUGGAUUAAAGCAAACUGCAGCUCCAGCACUGCCUGACAGGGGUGAAACUUGUCAGAAAAUAACCAAAAAAAACCCCAAAUUCAGGUGUUGUGCUUAUUUAGCCCCAGCCCUGCUGCUGGCUGGGAGCUCUGAGCUUUUGCCUUUAUUUGGAGCAAUUUGGGCCUCGGAAUUCUCUUGGCACUUCCCCAUGCAGAUGUGAGCACAAGUUGAGUGCAUUUUUCCCAAACCCCACAUUUCUUUGGUGUCUUUUUGCCAGUGGUGUUUCAGCCAAGUGUCACCUGCCCAUCAAUCCAGCACAUUUUUGUCACCUGGAUUUAGGGAAUUAGUGUGACCUGUGAGCAACUUUGGUGUCUGCCUUGAAUUUAUUCUUUCACUUGGAGUUAAUAGUCUGUGAAAUAGUUCUGUGCUGUCUGUUUCAGAUGUUUCCAUAUUUCCUCACAUUUCAGAUGGGAAAACUUUGGAUUGGAAGCCAGAUGAGCUCAGUUUGGUGCUGUUUAUCUUGGAGGAGCCCAGUGGAUGGUGGCACUGGUUUUUUUGUGCAGCUCCAGAAAGGACAGAGAAUUUGGCUCAUUUGAUUAAUUCCCUCUUUGGGUGGGAUCUGUUUGGCCUGGUGACAUCAUGUGUUAAAAUGGGGCAAAAUUCCACCCCAAAACAUCACUGUCCUCAUGUCAGAAGUGUUUGAGAGUGUCCUAAAAUGUCUGUAAUUGUCAGAAUAGCAAAAUUAAACCAGGGAAUGCCCUGGGAACAGCGGAUUUAUUCCUGGCAUUGGAAGCUCUUUGUUCAGCUGUUAUCAGUGCCGUUCCAAACCCCAUCCAUCCACACACCCAGCCUGUGCUCCCAGAGAUAAACUGGAUUUGGAGGGAUUUGGGGUAAAUUUAACCAGUUUGGGUCCCCAUUCCCAGGUGAGCUGGUUGGAGCUGCCUUGCAGUGAUGGAUCCAAAGCCUGGAGAACGCCUUCACUUGGUGCUGUUGUAUUUUUCUAUGGAGAGUUUCAGGUGUCUGGUUUCGUUUAGGUUCCCAAGAAAUGUCCUUGUUUAGGAGUAUCUCUGUUCAGCAAGUGAGAUUUAUGGCACGGCCAGCACGCAGAGCUGGGGCAGCAGGAGCAGAGGGUGUCAGCCUGAAGGUGACACAUGUGGGACACUCCUCCUGCUGCAGCUCCUUUACACACUUGCCUUUCUUCCAGCACUUGGCUGCACUUGUAAAGGUGAGGGUUUUCCUUUCCCAGCUGGAAGUACUUCCAAAAUAAAGAUGGAUUGGGUUGUUAAA